UUCAGCUCUGAAUGGGCUUUUGGAAGCUAGAGAAGAAAAUUCAGUUUGCUUUGUGGGGAACGUUGGACAGCCGAAUAAAUGCAGUAUCUAAGUAUAAAAGAAGACUGCAAUGCUAUGGCGUUCUGUGCUAAAAUGAGGAGCUCCAAAAAGACCGAGGUGACUGAGGUGGCCCCUGAGCCUGGAGUGGAGGUGACCUUCUACCUGUCAGACCGGGAGCCCCUGAGGCUGGGCGCUGGCGAGUAUACAGCGGAGGAGCUGUGCAUCCGGGCGGCGCAGGAGUGCUGUAUUUCUCCUCUGUGUCACAACCUCUUCGCCCUGUAUGAUGAGAACACCAAGCUCUGGUAUGCACCCAACCACAUCAUCACUGUUGAUGACAAGAUGUCCCUCCGGCUCCACUACCGCAUGAGGUUCUACUUUACCAACUGGCACGGAACCAACGACAGUGAGCAGUCAGUGUGGCGCCACUCUCCCAAGAAGCAGAAGAAUGGCUACGAGAAAAAGAAGGCUCCUGAUGCAACCCCGCUUCUCGAUGCCUACUCACUGGAGUACCUGUUUGCACAGGGACAGUAUGACUUGGUCAAGUGCCUGGCUCCCAUUCGCGACCCCAAGACGGAGCAGGAUGGGCACGACAUCGAGAACGAGUGCCUGGGCAUGGCUGUCCUGGCCAUCUCGCACUAUGCCAUGAUGAGGAAGAUGCAGCUGCCGGAGCUACCCAAGGACAUCAGCUACAAGCGAUAUAUUCCAGAAACGCUAAACAAGUCCAUCAGACAGAGAAACCUUCUCACGAGGAUGCGGAUAAAUAAUGUUUUCAAGGAUUUCCUAAAGGAGUUCAACAACAAGACUAUCUGUGACAGCAGUGUGUCCACACACGACCUGAAGGUGAAGUACCUGGCCACACUGGAAACGCUGACGAAGCAUUACGGGGCUGAAAUAUUUGAGACUUCCAUGUUGCGGAUUUCAUCAGAAAAUGAGAUGAAUUGGUUUCACUCGUCUGAUGGCGGAAGCGCGCCUCUCUGCUAUGAAGUAAUGGUGACCGGAAAUCUUGGGAUCCAGUGGCGGCAGAAGCCACAUGUUGUUCCUACUGAAAAGGAAAAAAAUAAAUUGAAGCGGAAAAAGCUGGAAAACAAACACAAGAAGGAUGAGGAGAAAAGCAAAGCCCGGGAAGAGUGGAGCAGCUUUUCCUACUUCCCAGAAAUCACACACAUUGUGAUCAAAGAGUCGCUGGUCAGCAUUAAUAAGCAGGACAACAAGAAGAUGGAACUGACGCUGUCUUCCCACGAGGAGGCCUUGUCCUUUGUGUCCCUGGUGGAUGGCUACUUCCGGCUAACGGCAGACGCCCACCACUACCUUUGCACCGACGUGGCUCCCCCACUGAUCGUCCACAACAUCCAGAAUGGCUGCCACGGGCCCAUCUGCACAGAGUACGCCAUCAACAAGCUGCGCCAAGAGGGCAGUGAGGAGGGGAUGUACGUGCUCAGGUGGAGCUGCACCGACUUUGACAACAUCCUCAUGACUGUCACCUGCUUUGAGAAGUCUGAGCAGGCGCUGGGUGGCCAGAAGCAGUUUAAGAACUUCCAGAUCGAGGUGCGCAAGGGCCGCUACCGCCUGCAUGGCUCGGACCGCGGCUUUCCCAGCCUGGGGGAGCUCAUGAGCCACCUGAAGAAGCAGAUCCUGCGCACGGACAACAUCAGCUUUGUGCUGAAGCGCUGCUGCCAGCCCAAGCCCCGGGAAAUCUCUAACCUGUUGGUGGCCACAAAGAAAGCCCAGGAGUGGCAGCCCGUCUACCCAAUGAGCCAGCUGAGCUUUGAUCGCAUCCUCAAGAAGGAUAUCAUGCAGGGCGAGCACCUUGGCAGGGGCACACGGACACACAUCUACUCCGGGACGCUGGUGGAUUACAGGGAUGAUGAGGCAGCUACAGAGGAGAAGCGGAUAAAAGUGAUCCUCAAAGUCCUCGACCCCAGCCACAGGGACAUCUCUCUGGCCUUCUUCGAAGCAGCCAGCAUGAUGCGGCAGGUGUCUCACAAGCACAUCGUGUACCUGUACGGCGUGUGUGUGCGGGACGUGGAGAAUAUCAUGGUGGAAGAGUUCGUCGAGGGGGGCCCUCUGGAUCUCUUUAUGCACCGCAAGAGUGAUGUCCUCACCACCCCUUGGAAGUUCAAGGUUGCCAAGCAGCUGGCCAGUGCUCUGAGUUACUUGGAAGACAAAGACCUGGUCCACGGCAAUGUGUGCACCAAGAACCUCCUGCUGGCCCGCGAGGGCAUCGACAGCGAGGUUGGUCCAUUCAUCAAGCUCAGUGACCCUGGCAUCCCCGUCACCGUGCUGUCCAGGCAAGAGUGCAUCGAGCGCAUCCCCUGGAUCGCGCCCGAGUGCGUGGAAGACUCCAAGAACCUGAGCGUGGCCGCUGACAAGUGGAGCUUCGGAACCACGCUCUGGGAGAUCUGCUACAAUGGCGAGAUCCCGCUCAAGGACAAGACCCUGGUCGAGAAAGAACGGUUCUACGAAAGCCGCUGCCGGCCAGUGACGCCAUCCUGCAAGGAGCUGGCUGACCUCAUGACCCGCUGCAUGAACUACGACCCCAACCAGAGGCCCUUCUUCCGCGCCAUCAUGAGGGACAUCAACAAGCUGGAGGAGCAGAAUCCAGACAUUGUUUCAGAAAAAAAACCAACCACUGAGGUGGACCCUACGCAUUUUGAGAAACGCUUCCUGAAGAGGAUCCGCGACCUGGGAGAGGGCCACUUUGGGAAGGUUGAGCUCUGCAGGUAUGACCCCGAGGGCGACAACACCGGGGAGCAAGUGGCUGUCAAGUCCCUCAAGCCGGAGAGUGGAGGCAACCACAUCGCCGACCUGAAGAAGGAGAUCGAGAUCCUGCGGAACCUCUACCAUGAGAACAUCGUCAAGUACAAGGGAAUCUGCACUGAGGAUGGUGGAAACGGCAUUAAGCUCAUCAUGGAGUUCCUGCCCUCAGGCAGCCUGAAGGAGUAUCUUCCUAAGAACAAGAAUAAGAUUAACCUCAAGCAGCAGCUCAAAUACGCCGUUCAGAUCUGUAAGGGCAUGGACUAUCUGGGCUCCCGGCAGUAUGUGCACCGCGACUUGGCAGCCAGAAAUGUCCUAGUGGAGAGCGAGCACCAGGUGAAGAUUGGUGACUUCGGGCUCACCAAGGCCAUCGAGACUGACAAGGAGUACUACACAGUCAAGGAUGACCGGGACAGCCCUGUGUUCUGGUACGCGCCAGAGUGCUUAAUUCAGUGUAAGUUCUACAUCGCCUCUGACGUCUGGUCUUUCGGAGUGACGCUGCAUGAGCUGCUCACCUACUGUGACUCGGACUCCAGCCCCAUGAGCCUGUUCCUGAAAAUGAUAGGCCCAACCCAUGGCCAGAUGACCGUGACAAGACUUGUGAAUGCCCUGAAGGAAGGGAAACGCCUGCCAUGCCCGCCCAACUGUCCCGAUGAGGUUUAUCAGCUUAUGAGAAAAUGCUGGGAAUUUCAGCCAUCGAGUCGGACAACCUUCCAGAGCCUUAUUGAAGGAUUUGAAGCACUUUUAAAAUAAGAAGCAAGAAUAAUAUUGAAAUUCCAUUGUUUAUCAGACCCUCCUACCACAGCAAAUACCCAAGACAUUUGUAAAAAUGGUGGAAAAAGCUUACAUUCUGUCGGGAAAGCCCCACAGCGAGCUCUUGGCUGUACAGGCAACGUACACUGGGUGCCCACCACGUGGAGAAACCUCCUCUCCCCGUUGGGCACUUCUUAAGUCCAGUGGCCGAUGGUGGCAGCCCAAGUCCCAGGAAGCACUCAAGCACUCCUCUUGGAAAGAAACCCCCGUUGCUCGGUCACGUGGCAAAGGGGGCGGGCGUGAGGGGGGCGACCAAAGCCUGUCUCCAGCCAUUGCUCCGGUUGCUGUCUCCCCGGCGCCAGGCACCCGAAUUGCUUUCUGGCCUGUUAACCUAGUAGGAACAGAUGCCUGGGUGGCCAGUAUGGCUACUGCGCCUCUCAGGACAGGCUGAACGCGCCAAGCUCCCAGACCCCUUUCUGUACUGCGCCCUGGCCCCUGUGGGACCGCAGCUUGGAGCAGGGCUUGGGUGGUGGCACUGCUGCUUCCACGCUAGCCCCUGGCACCACUGUUGUAUGUCCUGGCUCUGCGCUGGGACAGUGUGGGAUCUGCCCUGCUGCAUGUGAACCUGCUGUGCCUAUGCUGUCCCCAGUGUUUUCCUCUAGCCACACAGGCUCCCCGAGCUGGACGCUUGGCACACUUUGAAGACGCUGUCCCUGCAGCAGGCUGUGCCGGCCUGGGUGAAUGCAUGCACACGGGGAGCAUGUGCCACAGCCCCCAGCCUCGCUGGUCCAGGCCUGAGCACCCACCUGCCAGACCACUCACUGCUCUGACCUCUGCCUGUGGUGCAAAAUUUGCAAGAAAAGAGCUAGCCAGUGGUACUCGAGAGCUCAGGAUGCACCCAUCAGUUUUGGUUUGUUCGCCGGUAGUCGGGUGACCCAGGAGGUAAAGCUCUGAUUUCAGUGUGAGCCAUGAAGUUCUUUACCACAUCUUGCUGUUCCCCUUCUGUGCAAGCGGUCAGGACUGCUUCCAGGAGGCAGUGAACUCACCUCUUUGGCCCUGUGUCCCCACUUCACAGCUCCUCUGUGUCAAACCUGUGGCCAUUCUCUAUGCACUUUGUUUACUCUUUAUAUAAAUAAAUGUACUAAGGGCUUCACGUGCAGGUGCCUGUCCUGGGAA